GCUGUGCGCGAACGGGUACGAGCGGAAGUCGCGUUUGUUGUUCUUCCUUCUGUUUCCGAGACGUUCAGGGUCUACACGGGUUGAACAGCCGUGUCUGCAUGUCUCUACCAAUUCCCUCUAUAAAUCGUCUUCUACCGCCCCCGAAUGAAGAUUAACAGGUAUGCCAAAGGAAAAAUAUGAUCCUCCAGAUCCCCGUAGAUGUUACACCAUCAUGUCAGCCGAGGAGGCGGCCAGUGGGAAGAAGUCUUACUGGGCCGAGCUCGAGAUAUCUGGACGGGUGAGGAGUCUGAGCAGCUCGUUAUGGACGCUCACCCACCUGACGGCGCUGCACAUCAACGACAACAACCUGACCCGCAUCCCGCCGGACAUCGCCAAGCUGCCCAACCUGGUCUACCUGAACCUGUCGUCCAAUAAGCUCCGCAGCCUGCCCGCCGAACUGGGCAAUAUGGUCUCUCUCAGGGAAUUGCUUUUAAACAACAAUCUUUUACGAGUUCUGCCUUAUGAACUUGGGAGGCUUUUCCGGUUACAAACCCUGGGGCUAAAAGGAAACCCUUUGUCCCAAGACAUCCUCAAUCUGUACCAAGAGCCGGACGGAACCAGAAAGCUUUUGAACUACAUGCUCGACAAUCUAGCAGUGCACCCAGAGCAGCUUCCCCAAAGACCUUGGAUCACUCUGAAAGAGCGAGACCAAAUGAUUCCCACAGCCGUGUUCACAGUCAUGUGCUACAAUGUGCUGUGUGACAAGUAUGCCACGCGACAGCUCUACGGCUACUGUCCAUCCUGGGCCCUCAACUGGGAGUACCGGAAGAAAGGCAUCAUGGAGGAAAUCACCAACUGUGACGCUGACAUCAUCAGCCUGCAGGAGGUUGAGACAGAGCAGUACUACACUUUGUUUUUGGAAACACUAAAGGAACGCGGCUACGACGGCUACUUCUGUCCAAAGUCUCGUGCCAAACUGGUUUCUGAACAAGAGAGGAAACAUGUGGAUGGCUGCGCUGUGUUCUUCAAGACUGAGAAGUUUACUUUGGUCCAGAAGCACACUGUGGAGUUCAACCAGGUGGCCAUGGCCAACUCUGAGGGCUCAGAGGUCAUGUUGAACAGAGUGAUGACUAAAGACAAUAUCGGAGUGGCUGUCCUGCUCGAGGUCAACAAGGACAUGUUCUCCGGUGGCAUGAAACCACAACAGGAGAGGCAGCUGAUCCUGGUGGCCAACGCCCACAUGCACUGGGACCCUGAGUACUCGGACGUAAAGUUGAUCCAAACCAUGAUGUUCCUCUCGGAGCUGAAGAGCAUCGCUGAGAGGGCCUCGGGCUCUGUGGCGACCGGUUCGCCGACCUCCGACCCGUCCUCCAUCCCCAUCGUCCUGUGUGCUGACCUCAACUCGCUGCCCGACUCCGGUGUGGUGGAAUACCUGAGCAAUGGAGGAGUAGCUGAGAACCACAAGGACUUCAAGGAGCUACGCUACAAUGAAUGUCUGACCAAUUUCAGCUGCAAUGGCAAAAAUGGCAACUCAGACGGAAGCAUCACACACAGCUUCCAGCUGAAGAGCGCCUACGACAGCAAUCUAAUGCCUUACACCAACUACACAUAUGACUUCAAGGGCGUGAUCGACUACAUCUUCUUCUCCAAGACCCACAUGAGUGUCCUGGGCCUGCUGGGACCGCUGGACAGCCAGUGGCUCAUUGAUAACAACAUCACUGGCUGUCCCCACCCCCACAUCCCCUCGGACCACUUCUCCCUGCUGGCCCAGCUGGAGCUGCAGCCUCGCCUGCCUCACGCGCUCAACCCCCUCAACGGGCUGCACCUGCCAGUCCACAGGUAGUGCAGCCCAAGAGAGCCCCACCCACCCCUCUCACCCCUACUUCAAACACUGUCCUCCCCCCUCCAGCUUUAUACAGGACCCUGUACAGCUUACCAGUCAUGUUAAAAUUCAGACACCAUCCGAUCCCUCUAAACCUAAGACACACAUGCCCUAAAGGAGUGAAGUAUUUGCCCUUUUGUUGCUCCUUUUUUGUGUUUUUGCACACUGUUAAUGUUUUGUUUUACUUUUUCUUGCUCCCCUCGAAAAGGCUUGAUACCAAAUGUUGGGCUUGGGAUGAAGUUGCUGUGGUAGCCCCCACUGUCAGUUGCUGUUUUUUUGUUCCUUAGAAAUGAUCAUAGCCAUAUAAAUUAUCCUCCUGCGACAACAAACCUUAACUGAUACUAUCAUCUUUUUAAAGAUAAAUCUACCACAUUAAGCUGAAUUUCAUUUUCACCUUUUUUCAGUCCACGCAGCUGUGAAAUAAUCUGUGAGAGUAUUCACAUGUAUGUUGUGUUAAAGUCAAAGAAUAUAGAAUUGGAAGCUGUUAUCACUCCCAAAUUAACUGACAGGUAUUGUAAUAAAAGGAGUAACACUAUGAACAGCUGAAUCUAAAUUAGGAUUGUUGUACGAGGAUGUGAAAGUUUUGCUGUAAACAAGUCUACGUUUUCAAUUUCAGUCACCCUUGAAACAACAAAACCUUUAAUUCAACUACAUGUGAGUAGGUACCUGCAAUUUUUAAGAUUAGAAAGUACAGAUUGGGUGUUUUUAAAAGUUAUUUAAUGUUAUUGUAACACAAAAUUGUUGUGUUUUUAUAUGGAAGCUAGAACAUGAAAUCAUUUCAUGUCACAGCUGCAGACUCACACAACAGCCACACAACAGCAUUGAUAAUAUUGAUGUCAGAUUGUUUUGGGAGGCUUUCACUUUGACACGUGACCUAUGGAAAUAAUGGAUAAUAUUCCAUGUACUUGUCUGUCAAGACAAACAUUUUCUGGACCAUGUUUCCACAUCGUUUGCUAUUAUGUUGCCUGGUUUAAAAAAACCUGAAAAGGAUGUCACCUGAGUCACCUUUCUUGCUAAUGUCAACAUGAAAGCCACCUCCACUGGCUGUGUGGAUGUCCACUUUUAUGAAUUUCUAUGAAUUUCUUCUAUAAUACAGGUCUCGUACCUCUCUUUGUUCAUUGCUAAAUACUUGAAUUCCAGAGGUGUCACAUUAUAUCUUGGCCAAUUCAUACUCCAUGUAGUUUAAAAGAUACAAUUUGGGAGUUGUCUGCAGCACUUGAGGUAAUAAAACACUCAAGUAAGGCCAAGCAAGUGCUCCAAUCCUAAACUUUUGUAAGCAUUGCAGUCAAAUUAGCUCCCUACUCUUUGACUUCCUUUGAAAGAAAUGUUUUAAGACAUGAAAUAUAUUUGUAACACAAUCCUGACUUUAACCAACACCAUUAGAUUUGAAAUUGUGCUUUUUGAACACCUCCGGUCUCAGAAUCGCACCUGACUGGCCAGGAAUCUCCUCAGAGUGAGCGACGUGUUCUCUUUCCAUAAUAAGAUAGUAUUUAUUUAUUGGUGCCAGGACGAAAAAAAGAAAAAGCUUCCUGAAAACAAUCUGCUAAUUAUGUGUGACCGUGAGCUGAAUGUAUUUACCAAAGGCUCACUAUGAAGUUGUUUGUGCGAGCCUCUUAAUGCCAGAAUCCUGUGGUCUCUAAACUUUGUGUGUUUGUUUCACAUGAUUAGAACUAAUAGCCCUUUAUGUAAGUUAUAACUCAGGGCUAUGCUAUGCACCCAGCAGUACCUCUCAAACUAAAGACUCAUAUGAGCAAAAACCAAACAGGAAGCUAUUGUUCUGAAAAUCCUUUUUAAGCACAGGUAAUGUAUAGACUUACAUACAUAUAUGUUGUUGUUGUUGUAGAAGUCCCACGUCUUUGUGCAUUUUUGAUAAAACUGCUGCUGCACUUUUGCUCCUUUCCCAAAAAGAAUAACUUGGGAAAUUCACAUUUGUUCUAUACCACAACCUAUUCAGAUAAAUUUGGUUUGGGGUUUUUAAACAUUAGCAUUUUCUUUUGUGGCUUUUAAGAGAAGCUAAAGUAUCAGUGUAGGAUCUACAGAAGGAGUGAAUGCAGAGGGUGGACUGGGUAUCAAUACCAGAUAUGAUCCACUACCUGAGUUUCAGUACCAAUACAAAAAUUAUAGAUUUUUUCAAAUAUUUUUGACAAAUAUUUUAAAAUAUGGCCUGGGUUUUUCUAAUAUUGUUCUUAAACCUUUGAGUUGGGACCUUUACAGGGGGUCAUGGCAUAAUUAACAUGGGCCAAACAAGAAAAAUCCAAAUUAUGUUUAUAUGUGAAGUUUAUAUAUACAACUUGCAAUAAAUAGCUGUUCAUGGCUUGUAUUACGGGAUGGAGGAAGUUGGAAAAACCACAGCCACUUGUCCAAACACAAUCAGCCAAGAACCAAGAACCCAAUCAGCCUACAGUUCUGGGCAUUUUUCAAUACUUAAUGCAACAGACCUUUAAUUGGCACAAAAAUAAAGCAGUGAGGUUUGAUACCCAGCCAUGGCCCUACAGGGGACUGCCUGCACAUGCACUUGGUGCUUAACUUAUCCGGCACAUUGCCCACUGAAGUGGCUAGUAAACCCUGACUUUUUGAGUUUGAAUUAGUUGAUUUAUUCAAAGCAUUUGCUCUGUUCAGGAUAUGAAAAGAAAAGCCAUAAUUUUGGGAUAGCUGGUGUCAGCACAACAUGGCGCCCUGUAACCUGAGCUUUAAACUGCAGUUUGAUCAGUUUCACCAGCCUGGAUGGGCAGUAUCGGCUUUGCUUCAUUUGCACAUGAUUUGAUGCCAACGCUAAUGGAUACACCUCCAGUUUUGUUGGAGUUGAUGAAGUCUAUGUUUGUGAGCAUUUUGAGGCCUAUACUUCACUCCUAAACUCAUCUCACUGGGUUUGCUGAUUUUGUACAUCAGCUGUAAUAAAUGAAAUUGCCUUUGAUGACAGGGCGUCUUUCACAUCUGUGAGGGGAAUGUACCAUUCUCCAAUAGAGGGGUGUGUUUUUUCUCACAAAGCAAAGGUGUACUUGUUGUACUUUUUUUUCUUUUACCCAGUGCACUAAGAUCUCAUGUGUGAAUACAACCACCAACUGUCUCUGACACUCUUGUAGAGACUUUGUCCAACUUUUUUUUUUUUUUUUUUUUUUGAACUAUGGGCAUUUUCUGUCUCUAACUCACAUGCAGUCUUUCAAUUGGUACUUUGUACAAUUCAGUAUUAACAAGUUUUUGAGAAAAAAGAUAAAUGUUCUAGGUUUAAAAGCAGUUUGUCUUGAUGGUCUUGUCUUGAGUGUCCACUGAACGCGUUUCACAUCUGAGAUGAUGCUUAAGCACACUUACUUUGGUUUCUUGCUUUUUUCACUUGAUGUUUCACCCUUAGAGUUUUCCCAAAAAUGGUGUUACAUCAUCCCUCUCACAUCUCUUCACAUACAUCAUUGAACAUCCACAGCCACGUCUUUUUUCAUGAUAAUACCCAGUAUGAUUACCUAUAAAUGUUGACCUGUUUAAUCUGUCUCUGUAGAGCGCAUCACACAUAUUUUUUCUACAAACAACGUGCCUAGUUUGUACAAUUUCUCCGACAGCAGCACUGCCCAUGAGACCAAGACGCUCAGAGAUUAACCCAGCGCCAUCAUAAAGCCAUCCAUACAUCCCUCCAGGCUUUCAUCCCUCCAGUUCUUCCUGAACCAGCUUUUGAGGUUGAGAUCAUGAGGAAUUGAAACUGAGGAAUCAUUGCUCACCUCAGACUUCUGUUUUUUGUUGGGGUUUUUUUUCUUUCUUUACGUCAAACAGAUUUUUUUGUAUCCAUAACAUCAAGGACAAAUCAGUAAUUUCUAACAGAUGCCGGAAAUGCACACUCAUACUUGUUUUUGAUUUCCUUGGUGUUUUUUUUCUUCUGUGCAUAUCUUAGACAGGAUUAUCACGACUGUCGUCACAUGCACUUUCUGAAUGUAAAGAUCCUGUUGUUAAAUAUCUGGCCCUCUUUGGUUUUUGUUUUUUUUUUUUUCUGUUUUUCUUCCUAAGUUCAUUCAGGUUGAUUUUACAGCAGUGUGCUUGCUACAUGAGGUGAUUAGUCUUUUGCGGCCAAUAAGUCGUUAAGUAAUGUUCACUGGGUAGUAUGAGGAUUAUCUGACAAAGGGUUUGUAAUCUUUAAUUUGCUUUUACCUGUUGAAUUUGGCAGCCUUUAACUAAGCCAGGCAUCCUCUCCAGAACUUGAAUUUAAAGGAUACAACAUAUUUUUUUCUUACCAGUGUAUUAACCAGUAAAUAAUGUGUAAGGAAAAGAAAUUUAAAACACAACAAACCCCAAAAAUAUCUGAUAAAAUCGAGAUUAGGGACACUUUUCAGUAAAUUGUGACACAAUGUCUUCGUUACUUUACUGUACUGACCACAGGUUAAUGUACUGGAUAAUGUGCUGGAAUGAGUCCAUUAUAAAAUAUAGUGAUAGCAUAAGAUUUGGACUGCAAAAAUGAAAGGCAGCAAUUUCCGUGUCCAAACAGCCUUAGCACAUCUGUUAGUUUAACUAUUGUAAAACAAAUUUCAGCUCCUAGUCUUCUGUAAAAACCCAUUCAGAAAGAAUGAGUUACAAGAACAAGGAAUGCAACAACUAGGCAUUUGGAGCAUUUCUAGAAAAAGUUUUUAACAGUUGCUGCCUUUCAGUAACCUUCAUCAGAUUUAUUUUAAUCGUGUAGUAGGUGAAGUGAAACUGGGUGAGGAUCCUCAGCCACCAGCAGUCACCAAUAAAGGUGCUACGUUAUUUCUCAAGAAGAUUUUAAAGGAUUACACUUAAAUCUGUCAAAUGUAACGAUGAUGUUAAGUUUCCAUCACAGAUUUCAGACUAGCAGCUCUUCACCAUGCAGGUUUUUCAUCCAACCAGCAUCCACCACAAAGAGCAGGAAGCAGCAAGUGAGCAUUUGGUUGGAAGGAAAACUGUGGUGGAGAGGUGCUAAAAUUAAACUAAGCAGGUUUUGUAUUGUGGAAGUCAAGAUAUGCAUCGUGUUUGACAAUUAAAUGUCAAAAAGCUGCAAAACUGCAGCAAUACAAGUUACUGUUCACCUAGGUGGCAGUGCUGACUUUAUACAAAUAUACAGAUCUAUCCUUUGUAGAUAUCCUCAAUAAAAGUAAAGAAAACAUAACUUAAGAAUGACUACAGGACCUUAAAUCAAGACCUCCUGCUCCAAUUCUCAGGUUUUUCAUGCUUUCAUUUAAAGUGAACAUUUUAUAUAACAUUCCUCUGUGAAUUCAAAAAGCUUUAAAGCUUUUAUGAUAAUGAACUUGCAUAUAAAGUUCAGUUUACUCAUCAGGGGGCAUAGUACUCAGCCUGUCAAAACAGCUGUAUGAUAAGCUGUCUAAAGUUUGGAACAAUAAUCCUGAUAAUGCAAUAGUUAUCACAGCUUGUGCUCAAGAGACUUCAAAAUGUUAAAAGCCUGUAUUACAAACUGGACGUGUGUGAUUUGAAACAAGCAAUUAUCUAAAAAGCAGGGGGUGCAAUGAAAGAAGCUGUUGAGCUGAGAUUUUGACCAAUCUGUUUGUAAUCUGUCUCUUGUCAGUCUUCCAGGUUUAUGGUGCUGAGUUACUAAAUCACUGGAGUGCACCUUUACUUAAGUUAUGAAAUGCUCUAAAAGGAAGAGAAAAACUAAAUUCAAAGACAAAUAAAAACAAUUGGAUAUCCCAAAAAGCUGAGAUUUGGGGUAAAGGAGGUUUUUGAUGCCUUGCAUACUUGUAAAAAGCAGUUCUGUUUACAUGAAGGAUUGGUGCACUUCUACAAAGGCUACAGCUGUAUUCACUAUGUGAGCAGUAACACCUCAGUUGAAACCAAACAUGCUCAACAGCACCUGUAUCAUCUGUCCACACAAAGCCCCUUCUCUCUCCACCUCCUGUAGGCAAUAAACGUGUCAUUUUCUCAAAGUCA